AACUGGCAGCCAGAUUACAAUCAGUGGUUCUAACUUCGGCUCUACAAUGGCCGACGUCACUGUCACACUGGAUGACGCCAUCUGCAGUAUCGUCUCUGUGAAUGAUGCCUCUGUGGACUGUACGCUCGGCAACCACUCCGCAGGCAUCUACCCCAUUGUGCUGCACAUCCACGGAAAGGGGCUGGCGUCAGGCGACGUUCAGUUUGAGUAUGAGUUGAAAGUGGACUCGGUCAGUCCAACUGAGGGGAGUUUUGGUGGCGGUCAGGUGAUGACUCUCACUGGAACUGGCUUUGAUGACACGGCCUUGGUGACUGUGUGUGACCGCGUGUGUUCAAAUGGCGAUGUGGGUUCUUCAUCAGUGGAGUGCGAGGUGCCAUCCAAUGCAGUUGCAGACAGUGGCACCCUGGCCUGUGACGUUAUAGUAACCCUAGCAAGUGGCUCUUCUGUCACCAAAUCGGACGCCUUUACUUACAAGACAUCCCUGACGCCGGUCAUUGAUUCUGUGGAACCUCGUCGUGGUGGAACUCAAGGAGGAACUGGACUCGUCAUCAAGGGAUCGGGAUUUCAGGCUACUGGCAAUGUAGUGACUAUUGGUGGCACAGAAUGUACCAUUACAAGUGAACAGGUAACACAGAUUGAGUGUACAACCGAAGCUCACGGGCACUCGGAGAAGACCAAAGUGAGAGUUGAGGUCGGUAGUCAAGGUAUUGCCACACAGGACAAUGCGGACUUCUAUUACAUCGAUGUGUGGUCAUCUCGUUAUACCUGGGGGAACAAGGACCCACCAAUUAAGGGCGACCUAGUUGUUGUUCCCGCUGGCCAGACUCUGCUGCUUGAUGUCACAACGCCGAUCUUGUCCAUGCUUCUUAUUCAAGGCGGUACUGUCAUGUUUGACGAGAAGAACAUCGAGCUCCACUCCCAGAACAUCCUGAUCGUGGACGGGGGCCACCUACAGGUGGGCACGGAGGAGGAACCAUUCCAGCAUGAGGCCACCAUCAUGAUGCACGGCCACGUCCGCUCCACCGAGCUCCCGCUGUUUGGCACCAAGACGCUGGCUAUCCGGAAUGGCACCCUGGACCUCCACGGGAAAAAAAUUCCUGUGACGUGGACUCGCCUGGCUGAGAGUGUCAAGACAGGGGCCACAACCAUGAGACUCGAGCAGGAGGUGACUUGGAAGGUUGGGGAUGAGGUUGUCAUUGCGUCCACAGGAUAUCGGCACAGCCAGAGGCAGAACGAACAGGUGAAACUCACAGGUGUGUCAUCUGAUGGAACUGAGCUUACAUUUACGCCAGCCCUGAAGUACGACCACUUCGGCAUAACACAGACCAUAGAUGACGUCACUCUGGAGAUGAGAGCAGAAGUGGGUCUUCUGACACGUAACGUCAAAGUCCGCGGAUCCGUGCAGGAAGAAUGGAUUGAGGAAUACGAGGAAUGCCCAGAAGACUUUGACACUGGCCAGUUUGCAGGCCAAACAUGCUUCCUGGGGAAGUUUGGUGAGGAAACAGGCAGCGAUCAGUUUGGUUCCCAGAUUAUGUUUUUUGCUGUAAAGCCAGAUGAGCACCUUGUGACUGGUCACAUCGAAUACGUGGAGGUCACCUACGCUGGCCAGGGCUUCCGUCUCGGCCGCUACCCAAUCCACUUCCACAUGAGUGGCGAUCUGUCAGGAUCGUACGUGCGUGGGUGUGGCAUCCACAACACGUUCAACCGUGCUGUCACCAUCCACGGGGUGCACAAUCUCCUGGUGGAGCACAACGUGGCUUACAAGGUCAUGGGACAUGCCUUCUUCAUGGAGGACGGCAUCGAGACAGGUAACAUCAUCCAGUACAACCUGGGCGUCUUUGUCCGCCCCAGUAGCAGCUUGCUCAACGUGGACAUCACCCCGGCUGCCUUCUGGGUCACCAACCCAGACAACAUCGUCCGUCACAAUGCAGCAGCCGGGGGCUCACAUUUUGGCUUUUGGUACAACAUGCCCGCCCACCCAGGAGGCCCAUCAUUCACUACCACUAUCUGUCCCCGCAAUGUCCCACUUCGAGAGUUCCGCAACAACUCUGCCCAUACCCAGGGCUGGUACGGUCUGUGGGUGUUCCCCUCCUAUCAUCCAAAGAAGGGCGGCGGCUGCGAUGCGACAGAGGAUGAACCAGCCAAGUUUUACUCCCUGUAUGCCUGGGAGACAGAGCGAGGUGCCGAGGCCGUGGCUGUCGGGGCCAUCCAGUUCCAUGACUUUGUGGUCUCAGAUGCCGACAUGGCAGGGGUGGAAUACCAGCGGAUCAACGCUCCAUGGGGUGACGGCGGGGCCCUAGUCAAGGACCUGGUGGUGGUUGGCCACAGCCAGAUAUCCGAGGACAAGAAAGCCGAGAAGUGCACCGUGGCCGGCGUCAACGGUCCGCAGCUGGAGGGCCUGACUGUAGAUGGAGCCAAGUUUAUCAACUUUGACCAGGAGCGCUGCGCCACGCUGGCCUACUGCUCCAAAUGCAGACAGUACCAAGGGGGUGAGUCAGUGCGACUCAAGAGACUGGAGUUCUUCAACUCACCCAACAGGGCAUCUUUCAAGUGGGAACACGAGUGCUGGUUCGAGGACCUGGACGGCACUCUGACGGGAUCGCCCAAUCACCUAGUUCUCCCGAGCAACCCCAACCUUCCCCCAAGUGCCUGUAAGCAGGAGGCAAAAUACGGCUUUGGCAACGUGCCUGGAUCAACGUGCGAUGACACCAUCCGUCUCCGCCGACUGUCCUUCAACAAUGCCUUGCCGUCCUCACUGGUGUACAAAGCGGCACUGUUCACUAAUGCCCAUGGAACCACCGUGGCGCCAUUUGCUGAGAAGCGCCUAACACACCCCAACGGCUGGAUGAUUACCCUCAUCCAGGGAGACACUUAUAACUUGGCCUUCCAGGAUGUAGAGCACGUCACCAACAUUACGUAUGAUGCGGUGUUUUACGGCUACUUGGAUGGAGACUACGUGCUAGUCAACCACAGACUCACUCAGACUCCUGACCGCUUCGCCAUGAAUGGUCAGUUCAAGAACGUCACAGACGAUGUCUUGACAUAUGACGGGAACGAGAAUGGUGACAUGAGCUAUGAAGGUGACACCAAAACUGUGACAUACCUUGUAUCUGGCAAGGGCGAGUUAGCUCCCAUCAACCGUGACGUCCACCCCAACUUUUACAGCUGUUUCUACAAGGACUGUCUGCCCACUCCUCCUCAACCGCCCCCGGACAACAAGCCAGAUGACUUCAGGCGGUGGUCCAACGCGAGUGCUUGGGAGAGUGGAAGCUUGCCAGCCGACGGGGCAGACGUGAUCAUACAGCCCACGGUCUGGAUGUUGGCAGACGUCCAACUCCCCGUCAUGAACAAGCUCGUCAUCUACGGCGGCCUGGAGAUUGAAGACUCCCAAGACAACAAGCUGGAGGCCACCUACAUCCUGAUCCAGGGCGGCCGGCUGGUCAUUGGGUACUCGGAGGAAAGACCCUUCCAACAUGAGAUGAAGAUCUUGCUGAAUGGACACCACUUCACUGAGCAAAUUUCACUACCCUCUGGACCCAACCUGGGAUCCAAGGCUCUCGGCGUCUUUGGAGGCCUGGACAUCCACGGCAAAAAUCGCAGCAUCUACUGGACCCAACUGUCCGCCACCGUCUCCCCAGGAGACACUACCCUGACCGUCAGGGACCAGACUGACUGGCAGGUAGGUGACGAGAUCGUGGUAGCAGCCACCUCCUACGAAGCCUGGCAGACGGAGACGUUCAAAAUUGAAGCCGUCACUGAUACGUCUACCUUCCAGAUCAAUGGGAGCUUUGCAUAUAGGCAUGUCGCUGAUUAUACCGCUGACUACACCCUGGCUGCCGAGGUCGGAUUACUGACUCGUAACAUCAAGAUAGAAGGCAACGACUAUGAUCUUCUCUUCAAGGAGUCGUUUGGCGCUCGCGUCAUAGUGGGCAGAUUCUUCCAGAGUGGAACUGAGUACAAAGGGUAUGCCCGAAUAUCUAAUGUCCAGUUCUUCCACACGGGCCAGCUGGGUUGGUCAGACAGCUUUGACCCUCGCUACUCCCUGGCCUACCUGGACAUUGGCCGAGUCACCGAGAAGUUACCCUCCUACGUCAAGGGAUGCAGUUUCCACAACGGAUUCAGUCCGGCCAUCGGCGUCUUCGGAACCGACGGACUACUCGUGAAGGACAACGUGAUACAUCACACGGUGGGACCGAGUGUGAUUAUAUGGGGCAAUGGUAACCAGCUCAUCCACAACCUGGUGGCCCUCGUCGUCUUCCCGGGGACCUACCAAGACCGCUAUGAGGAGCACAAUGCAGAUUGGACUGGGGGCAUCGAGGUGGAGAAGGCAGGCAAAGUGGUCAUGGUCAACAACACGGUGGCCGGCUCGGAGCGGGUGGCCUUCAAGACUUCAGGCGAGGCCUGCUCCGCCGCACCCAGCCCUGAGGCAGAAUGGUUUGGCAACGUGGCUCACUCAACACUGCGGGGAGUCUACCAGCUGAGGACCGGGCAACCAGGGUGCACCAAGAUUGCCAACUUCUUGGUGUACAAAAGCUGGGACUUUGGGAUCUAUGCCCAGAUCGGAUCCAGCAUCAUCAUGUCAGACCUGACGCUGGUGGACAACAAGAUGGCCGUUCUGCCCCUGGUGAUCGGCCCAAAUCCACUUAGGCAUCAAACCGGGGAUGUCUCCGUCCGGAUGGAGAAUUCCCUCAUUGUUGGCGUCAGUGAUUCCUUCGAUUGCCGGGCGGAUGCUGUUGCACCCGAGAAUGCCCGGCAGAGCGGAAUGACGAGGAGCCCUCGCGCCCCCGGUAAAGGCCACUCCGGAUUUGUGUGGGCCAGUUUUGUCCAGGGGGGGAAUUUAGCACCUUCAAUGUCGCAUCCUCAUCACCAAGCCCAUCUUUAUCCCACCAUCAAUGGUCGGAGCGAGCUCCACAAUGUGGUUUUCAGGGGCUUCGGCCAGCACUGCAAGCGGACCGAUGCCGCCAUCAUGACCAACCCAGGGAGCCAGAAUGCCAUGCAUCCUCUUAUCACCUCGGGGAUCAAGAUGGAGGAGGUGGCCGAGGAGCGGAAAAUAUUCAUACAUCAUCCGAGCCUUGGCAAGGUGAACCCCUCUGACUGUGUCGACAUGGACUGCGAUGGAAUGAAGAAGGCCAUGAUCCGUGACAUGGACGGUAGCCUGCUGGGCUCUCCCGGCACCAUCAUCCCCCAGUCGGAGUUUGAGUGGGACGGUGACCCGCGGCGCGGCCUGGGCGACUACCGCAUUCCCAAAGCCAUGCUGACCAGACUAGAUGGAUCUCGAAUUCCUAUUGAUGAGAAGGCUCCAAAUAAGGGCAUUUACCGGGGUCAGGAAGACGAAUGCGAGUGGAAGGCAGACUGGCAGGCCUACGAGUGCCACGGCAUCGACCACAUGAUGCUGGUGGUGGAGAGCAUGGACGACGACACCGAAGUCCGUCGCCUGACGCCGCUGGCCAUGUACACCAACAGCUACGUGGACUUGGUCAACGGGCCCGAGGAUCACGGCUGGUGCAAUGGGUACACAUGCCAGGAGCGCAUCAGCACCUUCUACACCUUGGUGGCCACUGGCAAGGAAUACGAGGUGUACUUCACCAGCACCAACCCCCAGGGCAUGCGCUUUCACCUGCUAAACUCUGACCAGAGCCAAGCAGUGGUGGUCGGCGUCUGGUAUAUGAAGCCAGCACGCUUAGACGUCUAUUACCAAAAUCGCUAUGUUGUCCCAAACAAUGGCGACACCAGCUCUGGGGAGCUGAUCUGGAAUCCCAAAGACCCAGAGAAGCCGGACAACCAGUUCAACCCCUCGCUUGACUCGGACGUGCACGGCGAGAACUACUUUGACCGAGACACCAAGACUUUGUGGGUUCUGGUGAAGGGGCCCAAGCCUGUUGAGAUCCGCACCACAGCUGUCGUCAUGGUUUCCUUUGGUGUCCCUGCCGUCUCACUGGAUGACUUCUACGAGAGUGGGAACCUAGUGAAGAACCUGGCUAGCUUGCUCAACCUGGACCCCUCACAGAUCCGGGUCGUGGAGGUGGUGCGGGAAGGAACCCGUAGGCGACGACGCUUGGCCGAAGGCCAGUCUGGAGUGGAGUUGGAGAUUGGACCACAGCCGACGCAGGAGAUCGAGCCACCAGGAGAGGAGGCUACCACAGAAGCUCCAACAACUACAAGAUCCUCUGGCUCAGAGGUGGGCUAUGAAGACCUCCUUCGGGUGACAUCGCAGCUGGCUGACGGCAUGCAGUUGGGGACGCUGUCCAAGUACUUUGGUGUUCCCAUCAGUCUGACAAUGUCUGAGCCUGCUCCCCCAGUGGUGGACCCCACUGGAGGAGUGCGGGCUACCAAUGAGACAGGUGGAAGCCCCGAUGUCCCCCCGGGAUCAAAGCGGUACGACGAAGUGAUGCUGGAGGAGGAAGAGAAGGAGAAUGAGAAGAUAGGGGUGGAGAUUGAGUACCGCACCCCUGAUCACCUGGAGAUGGGAACCCAACCCGAUGCAGCCUUUGAAGGGGAACCAUUUUAUCAACAACCCUCGGUGUACGUGGUGGAUUCAUCGCGUGUCAUACUGCCACAACUCGGCUCUCCCUCCAAACCAUGGCGGCUGACUGCCUCAGUGAAUCUGUCAACCCCACAUGCCAAUUCCAUCAAACUAUCUGGCAACACCACCAUCCCGUUCUACGGUGGCUGGGCCAACUUCACCAGCCUCACCAUCGCCAGCCUGCACUCAGGAGUGAUCUUGGACUUCCGGGUCACCCAUCCAGCAAACACAACACUGGCUGGCAUCAGCUCGGCUGCCUUUGAUGUGGUGGCUCUCCUGUCCAAAAGGCUGCAGAUACGUUUCCCGGACGAUUAUGACCAGGUGGUGGUGGGGAAUGAAGAACGUCUGAAGAGUCAAUUUGAGGACUAUGUUGUCAGAAAAUAUACCAACAUCAGACUCGGAAAUAUUGAGAUCCAAAAAGGAUCCAUCCUGGUCUCUUUUGAUCUGAAGGGUGAGGUAGAGGCUGCCCUCAAGGCCAUGUGGACGGACAUCCGUGAAGGAAACUUCUACUUUGAGUUUGACGGCCGUAAACUGAAAGCUGAUGACUACCUGUUGGUCGACGGAAAGCCAUACGGACCAAUCAAUGUCCCCAGUCAAGGUUUGCCCGGCUGGGCCAUUGCACUGAUUGUCAUCUUCUCUGUUGCCAUGGUUUUACUGCUCCUCUUGGUUAUCUACAAGUUUUUCAUCCAAAAAGGGAAAAAACAAGUGCACGUGUCCGAUGAGGUCCAGCUGACUGAACAGGGGAGUCGACCCAGCCGUUUUUCUUUGUCACAUAAGGUCCCAACGAUGAUGGUCGAGGGAGGAGGAGAUGACAAUUCGGAGAGCAUGGAAUUCAACAACCUGAUUGCCCUGAGGAGUCAAGCCAAUUCCCCGAGGCGUACCCCUGAGAUUGAGACUACAGCCUUACCGCCAGGCUUCACUGAGUCGACCGGCCAGGAAGAGCGAGCACUUGAGGACCGCACUGAGAUGUUCGUGAUGGUCAAGAAUCCAGACGGCACCUUGCAGAAACUCUGCACUGUCCAGGCUAACAAGGUGGGCAGCCUGUCUGCCCUGCGGAGGGACGUGGAGCAGGUCCUCCCUGGCAAACUUCAGGGGAGGCCAUUCGUCCUGCUGAACGAGGCGCUGGGGAAUGUGAGCAAAGCUCAGGAGGAGAAGAUGUCACUGACGGAGGUGUAUCGCUCGGACUGCGUCAUGAUCCGAUGGAUGGAGGAGAGCGGUGAGUCCAAGCUGUGCGUGUGCGGUCUAGUUGGCCAGUUUGAGUGUUCCCUCUGCCACCAGCAAGCCUACUGCAGUCCGAAGUGUCAGUCGGCUGACUGGGUGCAGCACAGCAUGCAGUGCUCCAGUGCUGUCGUGAAAUCCAGUGACAGUAUCAAAGUCUAAGAGGAUUUACUGGACCGGGAGACAUCCCAGACUAGAAGAUUAUUGUGUGUGUUUGCCAUAGAAAAGUCUAGUACCAGAUUUAAUGAAUAGACUAUUUGAGGAGUAGUUCAUAUUUUUUUGAAACACGAACUACUACAUGUUUUGUGUGUCUCCAUGAUGGUGUCUUGUUCAUUUUUGCCAGAAGUUAUAGUAGCUGUCUUCAACUAGGGCGUUUGAACUGCCAACAUGCCCAGACCACAUCUGACUGGCAUUUUCAUUUUUCUUGUGCAGCAGAUUUCAUUUGUAGGAAAAGAUGCACGCUGAACUGGAGCACCAAGCUUUGGGAAAAUAUAUCCUGCAAAAUUGGAUUUUGCCUUCCAAACUUUGACUGUGUGUUGUUUGAAAAGUAAUGUAACCAUUUACACAUAAUGUUUACUUACGCUGACUGGUAUUACAAAUGUUACAGAUAUAUUGUACAGUUUUUGAUUUUCCAUAGUGAUCCAGGUUUUCGGUUUUUUAAGGCGUACAUGUAGACCAUGUUUUCCCUGAUAAAACGUAAUAUUUGUGUGUGCGGUUGGAACAAAAAGUUUACAUACCCUUGGUAGCCUUCAGUUUCCCUUGAUCUCUUGCUUUUUUUGUAGUUUUGCCAACUUUUUCUUUAAGAGGUCAGACAAAUUUUAUCCCAACUUGAUGUUCACAGUGCGUACUUCCAUUGAAAAUACACAGAGACAUUUGAUAUUUGAAAAAUCAUUUUGUGAAAAUUUACAUCUACCCCUUGUUGUCAUUCAAAAACACUUCAGAAAGAGGUUCACGUUGAAUAUGAGAUGUGACCAAAAAUACAGAAAAGUGGCACUGAAUGUGAGGGCUGGAGUAUGUAAACUUUGGUUUUGUAAAUAUAAAUAUGAAUGUUAUAUUUGUCUCUGGGUUUUUCUAUUUGACGCCUACGCCAUGUACAUCAAGUCGUGACCCAUCUUGAAGUUGUGAAAUGCGAGGAAAACGUUUUGCUCCCCCAGGUGUAUGUAAACUUUUUGCCCCAACUGUUUGUUUGCUGUUGAACUUGAAGAACAAUCGACAGAAAUGUGAAUACAAAUCAAUUAAGUUUACUGAUGUCAGAUCCAGAAAGUCCUUAACUGUUGACCAUGCUCAAAUUACUAGUGGAUGAACUUUUUCAUAAAAUCCUCUGUAGAGAUCGGUUUUCUGUUUGUUUCCAGCUUGUCUACAGUUUCCAGCUUGCCUACACAGUUUCCAGCUUGCCCGCAAUAGUUCCGAUGUGACCACUGUAGAUGCUGCUUUGUUCGAGAAGUUAAAAUUGAAUUUAAACUUUGUAUGUUGUACUUUUGCUUGCUGUGUGGUUCAGAUUCUUAUUUUUCGGAGGAUGAAUAUAUUAUGCAGAUGAAAUUAAUGAAAUUAAAUUGUUUGCCACAUAACUGAAAGACACAAAUGUGUUAUUCAUAUUUUGAGGAUAACAAUUGUCAAAACAUGCAGCUGCUGUAUCGUCAAAAAUGAAAGCCAAGAUUCCCUUGUUAAUUAAUAUACCUGUUUAUUGAAAAUGCUUUCAGCAGUCAAGUGUGAAUUAAAAAUGUUUGACGUGUUACUUGCAUUGCAAA